AUGUCGACGUUCCCAAGAUACCAUCUCGUCGAAAUCAACGACCAGCCAUGGCUGCCCGACUGGAUCCGCGAACGAGUGCAAGAAUGCCUGACCCUCCUCUGGACGCUCAACCUCGCCCCUCUGCAGGAACACUCUCCUGCGUCUUUGGUCGCCGGCACGCUCGCACAGGUACUUGGAGUCCGAUGCCGAGACUACACGUUCGUUGACUUUUGUGCUGGGGCUGGGGGACCGACGCCUUUCAUCGAGAAGGAGUUCAAAAGAGGUGCUAAAGGGCUGGCGGCCAAAUUUGUUCUCACGGACAUCGAACCGCAUCUCUCUGCUUGGCGGGGACAUUCCUCUUCGAGUCCGCAUAUCCUCUAUAUCGCCACGCCAGUCGAUGCUACCGAGCCACCGUCGUCUACCACUCUAGCCAACAUGGCGUGUCACUCGUCGGGGAAAGUCGACCACGACAGUCUCCAAAGGCAAAAGACCUUCCGCCUCUUCUUUCUGGCGCUCCACCACUUGGAUCAAGCCAUCGCCCAAAAGGUCUUGCGGAACGCUCUGAGCUCGCCUGACUGCGCCGGAAUCGGUAUCUUCGAACUACAAGGCCGAACGCUGGGCGAGAUAUCCAUGGUGUGUAUGCUCGGUCCGGUGCUUUGGGUUGUUGCUCCUUGGUACUUCUGGCGGGAUCCGUUGAUGUUGUUCCUUGUUUAUAUCUUGCCCGUGGUUCCGUUCAUUGUCGUGGUGGAUGGCAUUGUGAGCUGUCUGCGGACCAGGACGGCCGAGGAGAUCUUGGGGUUGAUUGAGGAGAGCGGUGCGAGUUGCGAAGGCUGGGAAUUCAAGCACGGGAGCAGAACACAUAACAAGCUGGUCGGGGAGAUGCAUUGGUUCAUAGCUUUGAGGUCGUAG